AUGGACCCUGAGAAAGACGGACGGACGGACGGACGCAGUUUCGGGGCUCAGCCAGCAGGUGGCAGCGCAGCACCCCGGGAUUUUAGGAGAAACGAAAAAGGGGAAGAGGCCGAGGAGACCCCGCCCCGGACGGACGCCCCACCCAGACGGACGCACAGACGGACAGACGGACGGACGGACGGACGGACGCAGCUGCCAGAUUCACCCCCCGGCCAGACGGACACACAGAUGUGCAAAUGUCCUGCGGGACCCCUGUGUUACUGCCAGUUCGGAUUUCUACCUCUCCACCGAAGCCCCAGGUUCGAGGUCUUCAUGGCGGACGCCAAGAAGACGGUGAUCGGAGGCCUGGUCUACCCCAACCCUGGUCUCCCCGACUCCGCAGCCACCAACCUCUCCUGCCAGGUGUUCGAGUCCCGGGCCCUGAACUGCUCUUGGACUCCAGGUCACAGUGCUCCCCCAGACACGGAGUACUCCCUCUUUCUGACCUUCUCCAGAAACCACCAGGCCCAGGUCUGUCCGUGUGUCCCCCGUGACUCGAUGGGCCCCUGGGCCUGCCACCUGGCCCCCCUGCCCCACGCCACCACGCGCCUGUACAUCAGGAUCGAGGGUUCGAGCCCCACGGCUGCCGUCCGCUUCUACGACGCCGUGUUCAAGACCAGAGAGCUGGAAAGGUUCGACCCGCCGGAUAACAUCACUGUGACCUGUGACCCCGCCCGCUGCACCAUUGCCUGGACCCGGCCUCGAACCUGGCAGAACCUGAAAGACCCUGACUUCCAUUACCAGCUGAGCCUGACCCGG